AUGACGCUAUUGACAUCCUCUUCGCUGCUACUGACUCUGGUUGGUACUGUCUUCUAUUUUCUUGUACAAUCGAUCUAUCGUCUCUUCUUCCACCCAUUAAGCAAAUACCCGGGUCCGAAACUGACCGCAAUCACUUUCCUCUACGAGUUCUACUACGAUGUUAUCAAAGGGGGCAAGUUCCUCUUUCAAAUCGAGAAGAUGCAUGAGAGAUACGGCCCAAUCGUCCGGAUCAAUCCUCGUGAACUACACAUCAAGGAUCCCUCGUUCUACGACGAGAUUUACGCCGGUGCAGCCCACAAACGCGACAAAGACCCGCAGUUCGUUCCUAUAUUCGGCUCUCCCUUGUCUGCCAUCGCCACGGUCAACCAUGACCACCACCGAUUCCGCCGAAACAUUGUGAACAACUUCUUCUCCAAGAAAGCCGUCACAGACCUCUCUCCUGUCAUCGAAGAGAGAGUCCUCAAGCUAAUGCAGCGCUUUCAAGAGGCAUACGACAGCAAGUCAGCGAUACAGGUGGAUGCUGCCUUUGCAGGGCUCACUGCAGAUGUGAUCACCCACUACGCAUAUGGUAAACAUUGGGGGUUCCUCGAGGACCAGGACUUUCGCAGUGAUAUCCGGGCAGCAACAAGCGAGGGCGUGAGCGCUGUGCAUUGGGUUCGCUUCUUCCCGAUACUGGUGACGGUCUUUCGUACGAUCCCGACACAGGUAAUGAGUCUCAUUCAACCGGGCAAAACCGCCUUGUUUGAAUUCCAAAAAGCCAUAUUCGAUCAUGGCGCUCAGUCGCAGUUCAAGCGCGACGAAAGCCCCAGGACUAUAUUCGACAGACUGACGGACCCCUCCAUUCCGCCGGAAGAACGAACACUCGCUCGUGUGCAGGAUGAGGCUUUCAUCAUCCUUGGGGCGGGCACAGAGACCACUGGACGGACCUUGGCCAUUGCCACGUUCUACAUGUCGAAUGAACCGAGAAUCUGGAAAAAGCUGCAGGAUGAGUUACGGUCGAAUGUUUUGCCUACGCCGAGCAGCACGACGACAUGGGCUGAGCUGGAAAAGUUGCCGUAUCUGAACGCAGUAAUCAAUGAAUCCCUUCGUCUGUCCUACGGGCUUGUCAUGCGCCUUCCAAGGAUUGCCCCGACGGAGACUCUGAAGUACAAGGACUAUGCGAUUCCCCCCGGGACUCCCGUAAGCAUGUCCGCAUACUUCGUUCAUCGGGACCCAUCGAUCUUCCCCGAUCCCCAGAUCUUCAGGCCGGAGCGCUGGAUGGAAGCUGCGGACCAGCCGGACCGUUUGACCAAGUAUCUGGUGGCGUUUAACAGGGGGACCAGAAUCUGUUUGGGCAUGAAUCUCGCAUAUAUCGAGCUUUUCAUGACCAUCGCUUACAUGGUCCGUCGGUUCGACAUGGCGCCGUAUGAGACAACGAUGGAGGAUAUCCGGAUCGUGCGUGACUAUGCGAUGGGGUUUCCCAAACAUGGGGAGCUUACGGUGUUUACAGAGGUGACAAAUGUACUCCAGGAGUAG